GCUGAGUUGGUUUUGUUUUUGACCUAGUCAGCCUGGUGGGGAAGUGGUGGGUUGUGUGCGAUGAUGGUCUUGGGCCAGGGGAGGAUGACUCCAUUGCCCGCACCCAGACACCCCCUCUUCUUUGUGCCCCCCCCCUGGGCUCCCCUGCCCUGUGCCCCCCCAGCCCAGGCCGCCGAAUGCUGCUUCACACAGCUGUGCCCCUUAGGUGGCUCUUCUCCCCCCAACCCAGUGCCUCAAGGCCGGGAUGGAUUUGGGGUAGCCUGGGGCCUGGAAUUAGGGAUUCUCAUUUCCUCCCUGUGACCGACUUGCUCAAUGACCUUGACGAAAUUUCCGGCACACCCUCGGGUUCAGUCUUCGUUUGGAGGGGGGAAAGGCCUGUACAACCGCCUGGUGUCAUCAUGGGGGGUCCUUGGUGAAUUUUGUCAUGGUUAUUUAAGGAACCUCGCCUAGAAGUCCCAACACGCAGUUCCCCAUCGGCGGGAAGGCUUGGACUCCAAGAUGAUUAUAAAGGAAUAUCGGAUUCCUCUGCCCAUGACCGUGGAGGAGUACCGCAUCGCCCAGCUAUACAUGAUACAGAAGAAGAGCCGUAACGAGACGUAUGGCCAAGGUAGCGGAGUGGAGAUCUUGGAGAACCGGCCAUACACGGAUGGCCCCGGCGGCUCUGGACAGUACACGCACAAGGUGUACCAUGUGGGCAUGCACAUCCCCAGCUGGUUCCGCUCCAUCCUGCCCAAAGCGGCCCUGAGGGUGGUGGAGGAGUCCUGGAAUGCCUACCCCUACACCCGAACCAGGUUCACGUGCCCCUUUGUGGAGAAAUUCUCCAUCGACAUCGAAACCUUUUAUAAAACCGAUGCUGGAGAAAACCCUAAUGUGUUCAGCCUGUCUCCUGUGGAGAAGAGCCAGCUGACAAUCGACUUCAUCGACAUUGUCAAGGACCCCGUCCCCCCCAGUGAGUAUAAGACCGAAGAGGACCCCAAGCUAUUCCACUCGAUCAAGACACAGCGGGGGCCGCUGUCUGACAACUGGAUCGAAGAGUACAAGCAGCAGGUUUUCCCCAUCAUGUGCGCCUACAAGCUCUGUAAGGUCGAGUUCCGCUACUGGGGCAUGCAGUCCAAGAUCGAGAGGUUCAUCCACGACACGGGCCUGCGGAAGGUGAUGGUCAGGGCCCACCGGCAGGCCUGGUGCUGGCAGGACGAAUGGUACGGGCUCAACAUGGAGAACAUCCGGGAGCUGGAGAAGGAGGCACAGCUCAUGCUGUCCCGCAAGAUGGCCCGCUUCAAUGAGGAUGACGAGGAGGCUGUGCAGCUGGCCAAGGACGAAGCCAUCCAGGCCCAGGUCACUGGGGAGCCCGCCCAGCCCAGCAGCAGCAGCAGCGGGGAACCCUUGGCGGGCCGGGGUCUCAAAAAGCAGUGGUCCACAUCCUCCAAGUCUUCAAGGUCGUCCAAGCGGGGAGGGGAACUGAAGGGGCUCGCUCCCGGAAAGACCCAGGUCAAAGGCACAGGAGCAGACCCAGCCAGCCCUUCCCGCCACAGCAUCUCCGAGUGGAGGAUGCAGAGCAUCGCCCGGGACUCGGACGAAGGCUCGGAAGAUGAGUACUUCGACGCUCAUGAGGACCUGUCCGAUUCAGAGGAAAUAUUCCCCAAGGACAUCACCAAAUGGAACUCCAAUGACCUCAUGGACAAAAUUGAAAGCCCUGAGCCAGAGGACACACAGGACGGUCUGUACCGCCAGAGUGCCCCCGAGUUCAGGGUGGCCUCCAGUGUGGAGCAGCUGAACAUCAUCGAGGACGAGGUCAGCCCACCCCUGGCUGCGCCAGCCUCCAAGAUCCACGUGCUGCUCCUGCUGCUGCAUGGAGGCACCAUCCUGGACACGGGUGCCGGGGACCCCAGCUCCAAGCAGGGCGACGCCAACACCAUCGCCACCGUGUUCGACACCGUCAUGCGUGUGCACUACCCCAGCGCCCUGGGCCACCUCGCCAUCCGCCUGGUGCCCUGCCCGCCCAUCUGCUCUGAUGCCUUUGCCCUCGUCUCCAACCUUAGCCCCUACAGCCACGAUGAAGGCUGUCUGUCCAGCAGCCAGGACCACAUCCCCCUGGCCGCCCUGCCCCUGCUGGCCACCUCCUCACCCCAGUACCAGGAGGCGAUUGCCACGGUGAUUCAGCGGGCCAACCUUGCCUACGGGGACUUCAUCAAGUCCCAGGAGGGCAUGACCUUCAACGGGCAGAUCUGCCUGAUUGGGGACUGCGUCGGCGGCAUCCUGGCCUUCGAUGCCUUAUGCUACAGCAAUCAGCCAGUGUCUGAGAGUCAGAGCAGCAGCCGCCGGGGCAGCGUGGCCAGCAUGCAGGACACUGACCUGCUGUCCCCGGGCACCCUGGUCGAUGCGGCACAUGGCGGCAGUGGCAGCGGUGGCCUGGAGAGCAGCCGGCACCUGAGCCGCAGCAACAUUGAUAUCCCCCGAAGCAACGGUGUCGAAGACCCCAAAAGACAGUUGCCCCGAAAGAGGAGUGACUCGUCCACCUAUGAGCUGGACACCAUCCAGCAGCACCAGGCCUUCCUGUCCAGCCUCCACGCCAGCGUGCUGAGGAACGAGCCCAGCUCCCGCCACUCGAGCAGCUCCACCGUGCUGGACGGCACAGGGGCUGUGGGGAAGUUUGACUUUGAGAUCGCAGACCUCUUCCUGUUCGGGUGCCCGCUGGGGCUGGUCCUGGCCUUGAGGAAGACUGUCAUCCCUGCCCUGGAUGUUUUCCAGCUGCGGCCAGCCUGCCAGCAAGUCUAUAACCUCUUCCACCCCGCGGACCCGUCGGCCUCCCGCCUGGAGCCGCUGCUGGAGCGGAGGUUCCACGCCCUGCCGCCUUUCAGCAUCCCCCGCUACCAGCGCUACCCGCUGGGGGACGGCUGCUCCACGCUGCUGGUUGAGACAGUGCAGAGAAACCCCGAGCUGGUCCUAGAGGGUGGGCCCCUGGCCCCUCUCCCCCCAGGAGACGGCUUCCUGGAAACCAGUAUCCCCGUUCCCGCGCUCACCUGCCAAGACGGGCCCCGCCCGAGCCCGGACUGUGCUGAGUCGGACGCACUCCAGACCCACAGCACAGUCUUUCAAGAGCACGCAGCCCCCUCCUCGCCCGGCACAGCCCCCGCCACCCGAGGCUUCCGCCGAGCCAGUGAGAUCAGCAUUGCCAGCCAGGUGUCGGGCAUGGCCGAGAGCUACACGGCAUCCAGCAUUGCCCAGAAGGCCCCAGGGUCGCUCAGCCAUACCCCCAGCGUCAGGCGCCUGUCUCUGCUCGCCCUGCCCCCCCCACCCCCCUCUACCCUGGGCCCCCACCCACAGGCCCAGCAGGGGAGCCCCAGCCUGGAGUGGGCCCCCCACCUCCCCGACUUGGACAUCAGAGAAGUUGCAGCCAAGUGGUGGGGCCAGAAGCGGAUCGACUACGCCCUGUACUGCCCUGACGCACUGACAGCCUUCCCCACCGUGGCCCUGCCCCACCUCUUCCACGCCAGCUACUGGGAGUCAACAGAUGUAGUCUCCUUCCUGCUGAGACAGGUCAUGAGGCAUGACAAUUCCAGCAUCUUGGAGCUGGACGGCAAAGAGGUUUCCGUGUUCACCCCCUCCAAGCCGAGAGAAAAGUGGCAGCGCAAGAGGACCCACGUGAAGCUGCGGAACGUGACCGCCAACCACCGGAUCAAUGACGCAGUCGCCAACGAGGACGGCCCGCAGGUUCUGACGGGCCGGUUCAUGUAUGGGCCCCUGGACAUGGUCACCCUGACUGGGGAGAAGGUGGAUGUGCACAUCAUGAUGCAGCCGCCCUCGGGCGAGUGGCUGUACCUAGACACGCUGGUGACCAACAGCAGCGGGCGGGUGUCCUACACCAUCCCAGAGACCCACCGCCUGGGCGUGGGUGUCUACCCCAUCAAGAUGGUGGUCAGGGGAGACCACACGUUUGCCGACAGCUACAUCACCGUGCUGCCCAAGGGCACGGAGUUCGUGGUCUUCAGUAUCGAUGGCUCCUUUGCUGCCAGCGUGUCCAUCAUGGGCAGCGACCCAAAAGUGCGGGCCGGGGCCGUGGACGUGGUGCGGCACUGGCAGGACCUGGGCUACCUCAUCAUCUACGUGACUGGCCGGCCUGACAUGCAGAAGCAGCGGGUGGUGGCGUGGCUGGCCCAGCACAACUUCCCCCACGGCGUGGUGUCCUUCUGUGACGGCCUGGUGCACGACCCGCUGAGGCACAAAGCCAACUUCCUGAAGCUGCUCAUCUCCGAGCUGCACCUGCGCGUGCACGCGGCCUACGGCUCCACCAAGGACGUGGCGGUCUACAGCUCCAUCAGCCUGUCCCCCAUGCAGAUCUACAUCGUCGGCCGGCCCACCAAGAAGCUGCAGCAGCAGUGCCAGUUCAUCACGGACGGCUACGCGGCGCACCUCGCCCAGCUCAAGUACAACCACCGGGCGCGGCCAGCCCGCAAUGCGGCCACCCGCAUGGCACUGCGAAAAGGCAGCUUUGGCCUGCCUGGCCAGGGGGACUUCCUGCGCUCCCGGAACCACCUGCUCCGCACCAUCUCGGCCCAGCCCAGCGGGCCCGGCCACCGGCAGGAGCGGACACAGAGCCAGGCGGACGUCGAGCAGCGGGGACAACGCAGCAUGAGCGUAGCGGCCGGCUGUUGGGGCCGCACCAUGGCCGGCCGGCUUGAGCCAGGGGCAGCCGCGGGCCCCAAGUAGGACACCGUUAGCGAGGCCUUGUGGUCUCCGUGGUGCUAGGCCAGGGCGGCCAGCCCCGCCAGGAGGCCCGGCCCGGGCACACAAUGUCGGCUGGAGACAAGCUUGUCCCAGGGCCUGGCGGAGGACAUAGGCCGUGCCACACAGCCCUCCCAGCCCUGCCUCAUGUCCUAGGGUCUGAGGGGUUCCAGCUUGCAGGAAAACCUGUCCCAGGAUGACAGAGGGACCAGGACUCCCCACGUGGACUGGCCCGAAAGGCACUCCCAGACACUUGCCCUGCAUUGACCUCCCAGCAUCCUGGGCCCAGGCCCCGCCUGCCACCUCCCAUCCACUAGCUCACCUUGACCCCCAGGUCCCCUCCCAC